AUGACUGCAAUUCAGAUUUUAACAGUUGAAACCUUUACAUUAAACACAGUAUUUACACAAUUUUACUUAAUUGGAUUUACAGAUCUCCAGGAGUACCGGCCUUAUCUCUUCAUUCCCUUUGCUCUGAUCCUAAUUCAUGCAUUCAUUGCCAAUGUUCUUUUAAUAUUUGUAAUUGCAAAGCAGAGAAGUUUGCAUGUGCCAAUGGCAUUCUCAAUUCCACGUAACAUUCGUGUUUUAUUAAGCUUGCAGUAUAUCCUUCUUCCUGCAUGUCUGAAUCCAAUUAUCUAUGGAGUACGAACAAAAGAAAUUAGAGUCAAUCUAAGUAAAUAUUUUCAACUAAACAAAAUUAGUGCAAAAUGA